AUGAAAGGUGGCGAGUCCAGUGCUACUAGCCUAUCCACAGCACUUCUGUGUACGGGCUUUAUCGCUCUUGUGCUUGCGUACUGGCCCAAUCCACUACUUCCUUCUCACAUCUCAUCUUGGUGGUCUGGACCGCAAGUCAGAGAGUUUCCCUAUCAAGUUCAGGUUUUCAGCACUGAUCCAAUUAUACUUUACAUCAGAGACUUCCUGAGCCCAGAUGAAAUUUCACAUAUCACAAAGAGUGUCCAAGAUAAAUUUGAAGUCUCACGCGUCUGGACUGACGAGGUUGGCUACAUUGAUACCUCAGUUCGGGACUCCCAGAGUGCCGACUUACCUUCAGACCAUGUCUCACGCAGAGUCAAACGCCGAGCCAGGACCUUCAUGGGAUGGCGUAACAACAAGACACAUAUCCAGCCUCUCCGAGCUCAAAAGUACAAUUUCAAUGGAUUCUACAACUUUCACUAUGACUGGAUCGAGCACGAUCCACGAUAUCCUGGGAACAGAAUGACUACAAUAAUGGUCUAUCUUGAAGCUGACUGUGAAGGAGGUGGCACUAAUUUUCCCAAAGUCACACCACCGAGGGAUCCUCGUUGGUGCGAUGUUAUUGCCUGCGAGGGUGACGUUGAGUACGAUGACUAUCCUGGUACUACGUUUAAGCCCAUUGUGGGCUCAGCUAUCUAUUGGGAGAACUUCCAUCCCAAUGGGACUGGGCAUACGGGCACAAGACAUGCAGGACUUCCUGUAAGAUCUGGAGUCAAGAUGGGAAUGAACAUAUGGUCAUGGGAUCUUUCAUGGACGCCCCCCACCAAUGAUGAAUAG